AUGGCACCGAUCUGCGCGAUGACUGGCUAUCGAGGAGCCCUCGACCUCUCCAACGAGCUGCUCCACGACAUCCUCGAUCUCAUAGCCGCCGACCCUGAAAGGCUCGUGAGCGUCGACAAGCGAGCAUAUCUAUCCCAAGAGAGCUUCAGACCAGAUCCUCUACCUUCCCAAGACCAAGUCGUAAACAUUGGCAAGUUUAGAUUGCUCUGUCGACGCUUUGCUGCUCUUGGUGCUUCUCACCAGUUCGCACGUGUCACGACCAGGUUCUCGUCAAAGGGACUCGCGAGACUGGAAGCCAUUGCCGCUCAGCCGCACCUGGCGAAACAUGUCAAGAAAUUUAGCUACAAGGUGCCAUAUUUCUGCACGCAAGGUCGAGAAAGCAUACAAUCGCUAGAUGCUCAAAUACAACAGACCAUCGGCAAAUCCAAUAUCGAAAGAUUUCGCUGCAAAAUAUACGAGCAGCAGAAAAUCGUGAAUUCAAAACGAGAUGUCGAGGUCUUGAGGAAAGCCAUGAAGGCCUUUGUUGCUCUCCAGCACGUCCAGAUUUUGCGUGUCCAAGACCAAGAAGACGAAAGACUACUAACCUAUAUCCGAUAUCACCAAAACAUCACUCAUUUCGUCGAGCUCAAAUGGGCACCUGCCUGUGCUCAUGGCGCCAAAACGAUAGGGAAUGCACUCUUGGAGUCACGAUCACCAUGCUCACGAUUUUCUUCCCCAAUGCUGAGCCCGCAGAGCGCUCUCGUGCUUGCAGAAAACCCUACUGGCUCCUUCUCGACACUAGCCGAACGACUCACCUGUCUAGAGUUACACUUUGACGAUGGUUACUUCGACGACGGCACAGACCUCGAAGUCCGCAUGUUUGAAUUAUCCCAUCUCUUCAAGACCGUCUUUUCCGCAGCCGUAAAUAUGGAAGCCAUUCAUGUAGGCUUUCCCUCCCAUCGACCCAUCGGUCUCCCUCUCGAAACAAUCUUCCACAAUGUACGAUGGAGCAAACUUCUCGCGUUUGGCAUCCAAGGCUGGCGCCUCCACAGCGACGAAAUUGUUGCUUUUGCUCAACGUCACAAAGACAGAUUACGUGGUUUGAGGCUACGAGAUGUUAUGCUCAGAGAAGGCAGUGCAUGGAGAUCCGUCUUGGGGUUCUUGCACACAGAGAUGAGGAGAUUAGACUGGGUGUCCUUGCGAAGGAUCGACUAUGCAACUCACUUUGACACAGUCUGGGAAAACGCAGGGAUAGAAUUACCGGACGAUCCACCCGGCGGUUUAUCAUCUUCAGAUUCUGACUCUGACACCAAUAUCUACUGGGACGAUGCCGAACAACAAGCCUCCACUUCCGACUGGGACAGCAUCAACAACUCCGCCUCGGACUCUGAAGACGAAGAUCGUGGCCGAACCGCCCACGAAAUGGAUUUCCCGCCCCUAAACUCGCCGGAUACACCAAACUCAGUCCCUUGGUGUAAUUGCAAUGGCAGAGCUUUUCCACAGAGUAUUGAUGAGUUGGGAGACGAUGGCAUCAGUGUCGACACUCGGAAAUGGAAAAUGUGGGAGAAGUGGGUGUUGGGAAGGUGUCCGGAGCAUGAUCUUUGA